AUGCUCGGAAAGGUCUCCCUCGAAGAAGCGUACGAGCUUCCUGACCAGGCUGAGGCCAGUCGUGAUCAGGCGGCCUUGUACAUCGCCCCCAAUGACCUGGAACGGUAUAUGCGACAGAUCAAAUCAAUCACCACUGAGCGUGUGACCCUCUCGGAUGCACAUGGGAUUGGAUAUACCAUUCUUUCCCUGACCGUCCCCGGCAUUCAGGGCAUCUCGGACAAGGCCACUGCCGAAAAACGCGCAACCGAGAUCAACAACUACAUCGCCAACGAGAUCAAAGGCCAUCGUGAUCGUCUCGGUGCCUUUGCCACUCUUUCUAUGCAUGACCCGGCCCAGGCUGCCGCUGAAUUGCGUCGCUGCGUGAAGGAGUUCGGCUUCCACGGUGCACUUCUCAACGAUGUUCAACACGCCGGGCCGGAUGGCGAGACGUACCUGUUCUACGACCAACCAGCCUACGACGUCUUCUGGGCUGAAGUUGUGAAACUCGACGUGCCAAUCUACAUCCAUCCUGCAGCGCCAAUGGGCUCCUACCUUCAACAGCAGUACGCCCAGCGCAAAUACUUGAUUGGACCACCCUUGAGCUUCGCCAACGGGGUCUCUCUGCACCUCCUCGGCAUCAUCAGCAACGGCGUCUUUGACCGCUUCCCUAAGCUGAAGAUCAUUGUCGGCCAUCUCGGAGAACAUAUCCCCUUCGACUUCUGGCGCAUCAACCACUGGUUCGAAGAUGUCAAGCGACCUCUGGCCAAGGCUGCCGGCGACACAUUCGCCGAGAAACCACUCCUCCACUACUUCAAGGAAAACAUCUAUCUGACAACCAGCGGCCACUUCUCCACCCCCACCCUGGAGUAUGUUGCCAACUACCUCGGUCAUGACAAGUUGUUGUUCAGUGUUGACUACCCAUACGAGACGAUCGAGAAUGGCUGCGGCUGGUGGGACGGCGAUGCAGACAACAUCAAGAAGGCUCUGGGAGGCACCAAGGCCUACGCUGAUGUUGGCAGGGAGAAUGCGAAGAAGCUGUUCCGUCUGGGCAAGUUCCAUGACUCUGAUGCUAAGGUGAACUAG